AAGUGUGCAGACUCGCAUUUCGAGUUGAGGAAAGUGAAGGUCUGAAAAAGCGAAGGAAACGAAGGUUAUGCUCGACACAUGCAGUUGACAAACGAGGUUUAAUAAGGCUUUCAAGAGCGAAACAAUCGAACGCUCGUAUUUCAUCGUGUCCGAUGAUAAAAUGGCAUCCGCAUCUUUCAAAGGCACCCGCAAGACGUACAGCUUCGAGGAGCGGAAAAUUUUAAUAUCGCUAAUAAAUAAGCACGAAAUAAUCGAGAACAGGAAGUCAGAUCCAAUCUCCAUAUGCAAACGGAAGUCUGCGUGGUCGCAAAUUGCUGAGGCGUAUAACUGGAUAGUCGGGCCGCAGGGUGCGCGUUCUGCGAUACAGCUCAGACGUUGCUGGGAGAACAUGAAGAUUUGCAAGCGCAAUCGCGAAAAUAAAAAACCCCGUGAUGAUACAAAAGCGGUGUGCCAAUCGACAAAAGAUGAGAGACGGGCGAAGAAUCAAUGCUGGGAGAGUGUAACUUGCGGCCAGAAUACGUCAGAAACGCCAACAUCCACCGGAACUGUCGGAUUACCACCGAACGUGGUAUUCGAGCCGAAAGAUUCGGAACCGUUUACGUUGCAAAGCGUUUGCACUGCCAGACCUCAAAAUCUGAACUGCUCGCGAAAGGCUGUGGAUAAUUGCGGAGACUUAGUUGGUGACGCAUUCAAGCAAAUUGUUGCCAAUGAAGACAAAUGUGACGUCAUUGCACCGCUUCACGAUCCGAUGAAUUUUUAUGAAAAGUUUAUGAAAAGAAAUGUCGAUUCGCCUGUAGUCAAUCAAUCGGCAGAGGAUAAUAUUGAGAAGAGUCAAGAAAAUUUAAGGUCUACUGCUUCGCAAACUUUUAUCUCCCCCUCUGUUAUGCAGGAACAGAAUCGCAAAAGAAAGUCAACGCAACGAGAAGAAGAAUUGCACAUGCUUGCGCUUUCAGAAGCGCAGAUGAAGGUCGAUAUAGCCGCUAUGUUAAAGGAAGAAGCGAAAAUCAAACUGGAGGAAGCUCAUUAUCGCAAAGAAGAGGCUAGACUUAGAAUGGUGUUGUUUACUCACAAAUUAGACAGGAAAGAGGAGGAUUAAAAAGAUUAAGAAAAGUUGGACAUUUUUGUUGGACGCAACGUGAAACACGUAAGUCUACUAUUUUUCUUUA